UAUCCUAACGGGUUCAGUAGAAAUUGAGUGAGAGGCAAGCGCGGGCACAACAAGACUGCUACUUCUUUCAUUACAUCUUAAAAUCUUAGGGUUCUUAUUCUCAGCAUAAUCUUCAUUUUCGCUUCCCUCGCUUCAUUUCUUACUUCGCACUCUUUCAAUUGCAAAAGACUGUGAUUGCGAUUGUCAUUGUUGGGAUUGCAUUGAGAAGGAUUAGGGUUAGGGUUGAAAGAGAGUGAGUGUGGAUGGGGAAAGAGGAGGAAGAGAUGAGGGGUGAGAUUGAGGAGCGACUGAUAAACGAGGAGUACAAGAUAUGGAAGAAGAAUAGUCCUUUUCUGUAUGAUCUGGUGAUUACGCAUGCGCUUGAGUGGCCUUCCCUCACCGUGGAGUGGCUUCCCGACCGCCAUGAACCAGCCGGCAAAGACUACUCGCUGCAGAAGGUUAUAUUGGGCACCCAUACCUCUGAGAAUGAGCCCAAUUACCUCAUGUUGGCCCAGGUCCAACUUCCCCUUGACGAUGCUGAGAACGAUGCCCGUCACUACGACGACGACCGCCCCGACAUCGGCGGCUUUGGCUGUGCCAAUGGCAAAGUUCAGAUCAUCCAGCAGAUCAACCAUGAGGGUGAGGUUAACAGGGCUCGCUACAUGCCCCAGAACCCCUUCAUCAUUGCCACCAAGACUGUUAGUGCUGAAGUUUAUGUCUUUGACUACAGCAAGCACCCCUCUAAGCCCCCUCUUGAUGGGGCCUGUAACCCUGAUUUGAGGCUCAGGGGUCACAACACUGAGGGUUAUGGCUUGUCCUGGAGUAAGUUCAAGCAGGGGCACUUGCUUAGUGGUUCUGAUGAUGCUCAGAUUUGUUUGUGGGAUAUUAAUGCCACUCCCAAGAAUAAGACCCUCGAGGCAAUGCAGAUAUUUAAGGUACACGAAGGUGUUGUCGAAGAUGUGGCUUGGCAUUUGAGGCAUGAGUACUUAUUCGGUUCUGUGGGUGAUGAUCAAUACUUGCUUAUAUGGGACCUUCGAACGCCGGCUGUCACCAAGCCUGUCCAAUCUGUGGUUGCCCAUCAAAGUGAGGUUAACUGCUUGGCCUUCAAUCCUUUUAACGAAUGGGUUGUUGCUACUGGUUCUACGGAUAAAACUGUGAAGUUGUUUGAUCUGCGGAAGAUCAGCGCUCCCCUGCACAUCUUCGAUUCUCACAAGGAGGAGGUUUUCCAGGUUGGAUGGAAUCCAAAGAAUGAAACUAUCUUGGCUUCUUGUUGUCUGGGUAGGAGGCUCAUGGUGUGGGAUCUUAGCAGGAUUGACGAAGAGCAGUCACCAGAAGACGCGGAAGAUGGUCCACCAGAAUUGCUCUUUAUUCAUGGUGGUCAUACAAGCAAAAUAUCUGACUUUUCCUGGAAUCCAUGUGAAGAUUGGGUUGUUGCUAGUGUCGCUGAAGACAACAUACUUCAAAUAUGGCAGAUGGCAGAGAACAUAUACCACGACGAAGAUGAUCUGCCAGAAGAGUCAACGAAAGCCGCAGCUUCGUAAUGUAGUUGAUGGACAUGACAUUUAGCAUUUAGUGUAGUGUUGAAUACAGGUUGAGUGUUGUUCCAUAUUAAUUUGUGCUGUUACUUCGUUCUUCACUUUAGUUGUAGCUUUGUUUUUGAAAGGUGUGAAUUAUGAUAUGAUUGCCUUCACCAGUAGCAUGGUGAACAACCGAGACGUAGGUGUAAUUUUCGAUGGUAAAGGUUUCCCAUUUAUGUUUACAAAA